CGAUCAUGUCGUCUGGGUGCAAGAUCGGUCCUUCUAUCCUAAAUAGCGAUUUGUCACGCCUGGGGGCGGAAUGCGAUCGCAUGUUGCAGAGCGGGGCAGAUUAUCUGCAUCUGGAUGUAAUGGACGGGCAUUUCGUUCCUAAUAUCACCUUUGGCCAUCCUGUUGUAGAAUGUCUGCGGAAACAACUUGGCAGUGAUCCGUUUUUUGAUAUGCACAUGAUGGUUGCUCAACCAGAGCAGUGGGUGAAACCAAUGUCAGCUGCUGGUGCCAACCAAUAUACAUUCCAUCUGGAAGCUACAAACAACCCUGGGGCCCUAAUCAAAGACAUUCGAGAGAGUGGCAUGAAGGUGGGGCUGGCUAUUAAGCCAAAUACUACAGUGGAGUACCUUGCACCAUGGGCAAACCAAAUAGAUAUGGCUCUGGUUAUGACUGUGGAACCUGGCUUUGGUGGGCAGAAGUUCAUGGAGGAUAUGAUGCCAAAGGUGCAAUGGCUUAGGUCACAGUUUCCUUCAUUGGAUAUUGAGGUUGAUGGGGGUGUGGGACCAGACAACAUUCACAGAUGUGCAGAGGCUGGUGCAAAUAUGAUUGUGUCUGGCAGUGCAAUUAUGAAGAGUGAAGACCCUCGCUCAGUGAUUAAAUUGCUUCGCACUGCAUGUUGUGAAGCUGCCCAAAAACGCUCAUUAGAUCGGUGAAGCUAGGGAAGAAUGGACAUUCAGUCUCAGACCACGCAAUAUCCAGAUUCAACUGAAUUGGGGAGCAGGCCUGGAACAAAGAUCAGGAUGGCACUGUACUGGCCUUCUGGGCAACAGCUAAAAUAUUCCAUGACAACUGAGAUCAAGACAAUAAUACUGUGGGGGGUGUUUUUGUUGUUUUUUUUUUUUUUUUGUUUUUUUUUUUUAACUCUUGUCAGCAGUUGACAAUUUCUGGAAAAACAGUACUUAUUCUCUGGGAAAGGAUAGUAAACGUUCCAUAGUUUGGAUAAUUUGGAUAACAAGCUUGUCAUGCAGUCAAGUGUUAUGACUACUGUACAAAUAAUUGCUGGGAAACUGGCACUGUGGCCUUGAUGGAUCUUUUGUUAAAGUUUAUAUCCUGGAACCAAUAAAUAUUUAAGUAUUA